UACUCUAAUUGUUGUGGAUGUUGUAGAUGUCACAAUUUCCUGUUUGGUCUGAGCAUGGCGAAACCAAGCUAAAUUUUAUUAUGGUUUUCUCAGGCAAAUUUUUAUGCUAUUGGUGCAGCGUGAGUUGUAAUGCGAGUGUAUAUGCUUAGCAAUUUAUUGCUCUUUGGUACAAAAGUAGACGCGAAUUCUUAUCACAAUAUAUUUAAUGUGGAAUCAAGUGGGCUGAAAGAUCAUCCCUGUUUCAGUGUCCUGAGGGAAAAUGCAGAAAGGCAGCAGUACAGGAAAUCUACCAGCUAGUAAUAAUGUAAACAAGUUCAAAACUUUUUAUGAAAGUCUAAGCACAAGUGAUUUAAAAAAUAAUGUGCAUCCACCUCACAACCAGGAUCUUACACCUCCUGCCAAACCAGUUCAAACACCAGAUAAACCGGAUGUUGAAACAGACCACCAAGACCAAAACAGUAAUCAGACUUGUAAAACACCAAAACCAGCUGUUCCUCCAAAACCAAUUCUUGCAAAAAAUGGUAAGCAUAAAGGUUUUAGUUGCGAUUCAAGCCCCCCAGACAUUGCUCCUAAACCAGUGAAGAAAAGAGACAGUGAAGAACAGUGUGGUAAACUAAGGAGUAACCAUGAACAAGAUUUUUACCAAAAUGGUGAUCAAGACCAGACAGAUGAGGUUAUUAUCAGAGAAAAAACAGGACUGGGUGAUGAUGCUAAGAUGGGAGGUGGUGAAGAAGGUCUUGAAGACCAGUCAGAACAGGUGCUUGUUAUUGAAGAAAAAAUAGGAAUAGAUUUGGAUGAUGAAAUAGAAGGUGGUAAUGAUGAAAAUGGUCAAGAAACGGUAGAAGUAGAUGUGGAUGACAAUGUCGAAGCUAAUGAGGAUGGUGAUGAAGAAGAUGAUGAAGAAGUUGAUGAUGAAGAUUAUGGAUGGGAUUCAGAUGAAUUUGAGAGUGAAAAUGACAGUGAUGAUCAUGAUAAUAAUCUCGCAGAUAAACGACAAAGUAGAAUUAUUUUUGAUGAAUUAGAGCAUAUCCCUGAUCUGAAUUUUCUGGAUGCACGGAAAAAGAAAUUGUUUAAUAUCGCAAAGGAAAUUCUGACCACUGAAGUGACGUACGUGAAAACACUCAAGCUCCUUGAUGAGGUAUUCCACUUCAGACUAGAGAAUGAGUGCAGAGCAAAAGGCAUCGUGCCAAAAGAAGUACUGUUAGAAAUAUUUUCAAAUAUUACUGCCAUUAACCAGUUUCAUCGAGAUUUUCUUCUGCCAAAACUUGAUGAACGAAUGCAAAACUGGGAUACAAACCCUCGCGUUGGUGAUAUUUUUAACUCCCUCGCACCAUUUCUGAAGAUGUAUGCUGAGUACGUCAAAAAUUUUGACCAGGCAAUGAGCAGUUUGUCGAGAUGGAAACUUAAAUCUCAGAAAUUUUCUGCCAUCAUUGACCAAAUACAGAAAACCGACAAGGAAUGCAACAAUUUAACAUUGGAGCAUCACAUGCUUGCCCCUGUACAGCGAGUUCCACGCUACAAACUGCUGUUGACAGAUUAUAUCUCCAAGUUACCCGAGGAUUCCAAAGAUUUAGAGGAGUCAAAAAAGGCACUCGAGAUCAUAUCUGCUGCGGCGAACCACGCUAAUGACAGCAUGAAGAAAACAGAACGCUUCCAGAAAAUGUUAGAAAUGCAAGAAAAAUUCGGCGAUGGCGUCAGCAUUGUAACCCCGAGUCGAGAGUUCAUAAUGGAAGGUGAAUUGAUAAAGAUUUCAGCACGAAAUGCUCAAAUUAUGACAAGAAUUCUUGUUUUGUUCAAUGAUGCCUUAUACUAUUGCACUAAAGUCCCAACUACAGGUAAAUACAAAGCGAAGCAAACACUGGAGUUGUUGUCGACCUAUCUUGGGGACGUCGAUGAAGAGACAGAGAACCGUGAACUUGUUUUCCGAGUUUGUAGCAAAAGCAAAGUGGUCGAAUUUAAAGCGACGUCGGUAGAGCAGAAAGAAAAAUGGGUAUCGACUCUUACAGCAGCCAUUAAGAAUGCAGUUGACAGGAAUAGCACCUUUGGCCGCGAGGUGACUCUGAAUAAAGAUGAUAUUGGAAAAAUCGCGCCAACCUGGGUACGAGAUGACGCUGUCACCAUGUGUAUGACGUGUACGAUUCACUUCACCGCGAUACGAAGGCGUCACCAUUGCCGGGCUUGCGGUAAAAUCGUGUGCAAUAGUUGCUCAAGUUAUAAAGCUCGACUCGAAUAUGACGAUAACAAAAUUAAUAGAGUUUGUGUGAACUGUUACAAAAUACUUGCUCCCGAAGAAACAAAUAAACCGGAGAUAAAAAGGAGAAGGCGUAAGGUUCAAAAGUUUGCAGAUUCUGUAUUAAAUGGAUAUCUCAACUUUAAAAGUGAUAGCACGAAGGCAUGGUCAAAGCGUUGGUGUAGGCUUGGAGAUGAUUUUACUCUUCAUGUUUUUAAGGCGAAGAAGGAUGUAAAAGCUCAAACUACGAUCCCAAUGCCUGGUCUUUCGCUGCAGGAUGAAAAUGUGUGCGACGAAAAUGAUAAAAGUAGAAAACACGUCUUUAAAAUUUUGCACCCGAUAUAUGGUUCCUUUUUCUUUGAAGCCGAGAACGACGAGGUGUUGGAGAAAUGGUUAGAACAUAUUCGAUGUGCGAUCGAAGCAGAACCGUAUCCUAACAGGAACUCAACCUCAAGUCAACCAACGCCACCCCCAACCCCUGGCUAAUAAUGUUCCCGGCAAUAAUUUUGCGCGUUUUCGAUAUCAUUAUUCACCAGGAAAAGGAACAAAACCGAUGUCAAAAUUUUUAUGCUUCUUGAACCAAAAAAACCCAGUUUCCAGCAAAACAGUUUCUAAUAUCAAAUAUAUAUAUUAUACGUUAUGUUAAUACGUAAAAUGACUUUUAAUUGGUUACCAUGCUAGUUUUCCUUGUAAGUUCAAAUAAAUAUAGGUGUGCGCGAGUUCAAGUGCCGCGUGCGAAUCCAGCAAGUGACUAAUUUAACUAAUAGGUAAAUAUAAGUAACUAUAGAUGGUCUGGAAACGGACCGGGGAUAGUAUGCUAGAAAUAUUUUAUAUUCGAAUUUAAAUUGCUAAAUAUCUUAUGAACUGUAAUUUUGAGUACUAAAUUUAAUACUAAAUGGGUCGUGGAUUUGUUGUUUGCAUUGC